AUGGAGCAAUUGCCGGUUGCCUCAUGGCGAGCAAAGACUGUGGAAUGUAGUAGAACAGCAAGUCAAGCUGGGACACUCGACAUCCACGAACUACUUGAAGAAAAAUCUAUUCUUUGUGGAAACACAGACGCAUUGAAAGAGAUGACACGUAGAGGUUGGAAGGCCGAUGGGCCUUUCUGGGCGCGUUUCAUGAGCACCCUUCAAUAUACCCAAGGACUCACGAGUUCCCGCCGUGGCAAAUCCGGGACCUUAAUACCCGUUCAAGAAUCGAGGGCGCCAGAUACUUUGCUCAAGAGAGUACAAGCAAAGAACCCGGAUCUUCCACAAAACGACUGGGACAGAAGCGCAACUCAUGCAGUGAUUUACAGUGCAUACUACAAGCAAUUAACUGAAGACUACCGGAGCGACUGGCUGGGCCAUUGGAAGCAGCGUCGGGACAUCCUCCAACGCUAUGGUGGCAAAACGAUUGCUUUGACGACAUCUUUCCAAGCCCAUCUUGGUGCCCCCAAGUCGGGUCUAUGGGACGAGUUCGACAUGGACUGCGAUGACGACGAGUCAAAACUUUGGGUUUGCUUGCCUUUGGAGUCUCCUCUGUGUCUGUAUGCCCCCGCAUUCCUCACACCGUACCUGUCUAACAAAAUAUUGAUUCCCAUGCUCAUAGUAUGGUACAAUUGGCAUCCGUUGCACGGGUGUCGCAGUUUGGACGACUCUGAUUGCCCCGGGUAUGUCUCAAGUACCGACUACUCUUUCCUUCUCCCUCUGGUUGUUGGUGGGACAGAAACUUUGAUAUGGGUCGUUUGCAUCGUAUUGAGUGACGAUGGGCGUUAG